AUGAAUCCUUCAUCCCCCGUCUCCCUCCAACGCCUCCUCGGGGAGGCCGUCGGCUGCUACGGGUGCGGCACGAAAAACCCCCACGGCUUCCAACUUCACAGCUACAUCAAGCGGCUUUCGCAUGACAAAUCUCCAGCGAAAAAAACCGCCGUCGCGGUGGAAAGUCUCUGGUACCCGAAAGAGUACCACUGCGGCCCUCCGGGGUUUCUGUACGGGGGGUUAAGCGCUUCUUUACUGGACUGCCUGGCGAACUGGGCGGCGGCGGUGCAUCGAGGGGUGGAGGAACUGGGGGCACCAGGAGGCAUACCUGAAUCAGCUUCAGCUGGCCUUUCGUGGAUUGCUGAUGCAGAUCAUCGCUCGAAUCGCCACGACGGCGACCUUCCCUCCUUCCUCACCGACCCAGAAUUCCACCUCUCCACCGUCCGCGCACUGCAGGAAAAGAGCAGACACCUGCCGCUUCCGGUCACGGGAUCGUUGCAACUGAAGUAUCUGAAACCAGUGCCGAUAAGAGUUAUCGCGGACACCAGUACCACCGCCGGCGCCCAUUCGGAUGGAGCACCACCAGCACCUGGAGAAACGACUGAAGGCGGUGGCGGUGUUACAGUAUGCUUUCCAAAAGUAUCGUACCGGUACGUAGUAUAAAUCAAAACUAUACAACAAAGAACUGCCUCAGCAUUACUUGUAAUGCGGAUUAACCUAUAACAACAGGAUUUGUAGUCGUAGUGCAUAACUGCGAUUACUAACUACGAGCGCGAUACUUUUGCACAGGAUAUACAGCACCAACAACAAACGGCGUCUACCUCCACGCUCACGUAGAGAAAGCCGAGGGGCGGAAGUAUUUCGUUUCGGGUGGGAUUUUUGUCGAAAAACCGGAACAACCAAUUGUCGUUUUAGAUAACGCUGAUCGUUCGUACAAGGAUGCAGCGGUGACGUGUACCGCCGUGCUGAUUUUUCCGAAACAGAAACUGGCUGAUACAACCACUCCUAGCACUGGCAAGCAAGAAGUAGUUGAGCCCCAGAUGAGAAAUAGCGCAGAAAUUCCCUCGCGGUUGUGA